UUUUCCAACCCAUUCACAAACCAAGCGCCUCAAGCUCACUUCAAUUACUUUCUCACAAUGUCGGUUACGGAUCUGAUAAGUGCACUCGAUGCUAUUCCAAAGCACAUCACAGUGGUUCCUGAAUCGAAUCCUAUUUUUCUUGAUGCCCCCGAUUGGCUAACAGAAAACUAUUUACUCAAUGCUAUGCGCAAGUUCUAUGACGAUGAAAAGUUGAAGAUCACAGCCUUGGAUGGUUGUCCUGCUCUAGGACGAGGCGAAAACUAUGGAGGUGUUUUGACUCGCAUCAAGGCGGAGUUUACAACACGAGGCAAAUCGCAUAUUGGUCACUAUAUAGUAAAGACCUCGUUUGAAAGCGAUGAGUUUUCUCGCAAAACCAUGGAGCCCUACGAUAUAUUCAAUCGGGAAAUGUCCGUCUAUGAACAGAUCCUGCCAAAGCUCAAAGCACUUCUGAUGGAAAUCAAUGAUGAGGAGCAAAUCUUUGCAGAGACAAUGGCUGUUGACUAUGAUCGAUCUGCGCUGAUCUUUGAGGAUCUCAGGGUACGUGGUUUCACAAUGCCCGAUCGUCUGAUAGGCUUAGACCUGAAGUUGGCUAAAAUAGUGCUACGUAAAUUGGCCAAAAUGCAUGCCACAUCAGCAGUGCUCAAUGAGCGAGAGUGUGGCGCCUUGGAGACCUAUGAUCGUGGCAUGUUUAAUCGCCACACUGACAACUAUGCGCCAUGCUUUCUGGGCAUGCUACAGGCAGCCAGCAGACGUGUCGCACAAUGGCCAGGAUAUGAACAAUACGCCGAUAAAUUGAAUGCCCUUCUUCCCAUUUAUAUGGAGCUGGGCAAGCGCGUCUUCGAUGUUUGUCCGGGCGUUAAUGUCUUGGCUCAUGGCGAUCUCUGGACAAACAAUGUGCUAGUCAAGUACGACAAGGCCACCGGAGAAGCUGAGGAUAUCAUCAUUAUCGAUUUCCAGUAUGCAGCUUGGGGAUCACCAGCAAUUGAUCUAUUCUACUUUUUGAAUUCCUCGAUGGAGUUCGAUGUUCAUGUGAAUAAUCAGGAAGAGCUCAUUCAACACUACUUCGAGAUCUUCUCAGAGACGCUACGAAAACUUCGUUACAAGGCGCCGAUUCCUAGCCUCCACAAAUUUCACUUGGACUUAAAGAAAAAGUCAUUCUAUGCUAUGCAUACAAGCUUCAAUGUCUUUGCUGUCCAGCGAAAUGUGGAAACAGCAGAUGCGGAUUUUAAUGCUCUAAUGUCGACGAAUCAGCGUGGUAUUAAUUUUAAGAAUGGUUGCUAUAACAACCCAAUAACGCAACGAGUUCUACGAAAACUGUUGCCUAUCUUUAACAACCAGGGUUUACUCGAUGCAGAUCAGUAAAGUUUCAAUCAUUUUAUUUUUGUGAUACUUCUUUAUUACCUGCAUACAUUUUGAUAGUUCUUAAGACAUUUCUAUACUCUUAUUAUAAUAAUACAAAUAUAUAUUGAAAACCAAAUUAAACAAAAUAUCAAACAA